CAUUCACAACUCUUCCUAACUAUACCCCCCCUCCUUGCGACGCCCUAACGCCGCGAUCAAUGUCCAUACCUCCCCGGUAGGCCUCACCCUCGUCUGUAUAGCACGAGAGUCAGCUCUCCGGAGUGGGUCUGCGCCAGAAUACCUGCAACUUCGAUGGUGAACUCAAGAGGGGGCACUUUCACACCUUCGCCUGCACAUCAGACCAUUGUGACUGGUGUUAGCCAUUCACCUCAAGGCUCUCACCACAGCGCCUUCAGUGCCAGCGCCAGCCCCAGUACCAACAGUCCGACUGGAUCAAACUCACUCACCAAAAUCGUCGUUGCUCAAGUCUACCUCCUCCUCAGUACCAUCAAGAAAGAUAAGGAUCUUACAAAGUGGGAAGAAAAAGCUGAGCAGAUCAGAAAGGUACGCUUGGCGCUCUCCUCCCUCUGCCUCCCUCUGUCUUCCCUAAUCCAUUCUCAACUUCCGCACUCCACCAACUUUGAGCACGCCCUACCUCAAGACACGUACAAUGGCAACUAACCAGGACCCUCUGCAGCUGAUGGAUGAGCACGGCAUGGAAGUGUACAACAAAGGCAUCACUCGUCUUGUCGUUGGCAAUGCGGGUCGCAUAUUCCCAGGUGUCAAUCGCCCGCCAUCGAAUCCUGACAACUACGACAUCUUGUGGGAGCAUGUACACGAGAUAACCAAAGAUGUCGAUCAGGCUGGGAAACUUGCAGAGGCGAUAGAAUCUGGCAACGAGGACAUCUUUCGCGACUUCGAUCUUUCCACCUUCAUGCAACACUUCAAGCUAGACGCGCUUGAGAAGACAAUUCUAGCUUUGGCUUUCAAGACUGGCUCAAGAUCAGAUCUGAAGACGAAAUGUAAGUUUUGGCGCAGCCUGGCUAACAAUAUGCACUUCAAGCUGACCAUCCCCCAGCCGAUGCCAUAUUAUCCGCCAAUUACUCCGAAUUUACCAAGAUAUUGUCACAACCCGAGCCUCGACGUGACCUCCCUCCUGCUUUCCUCGCCACUAUUAUAGACCGUCUCAUUCAAGAGCACCCACCAAGCUUCGACCAGACUGCGAGAAAGGAACUCGGAAUGGCAAUCUCCUAUCGGUACGCUGCCUUGGAUCUCGCUACUCCAACAGAGGUUCUGGCAGCACUUUACCUCUCGCACUGCCUCAGCAAGGAAAACUCUUUGGCAUUAUACAUAAAGCGUUGGGGAUCAGCCAUGACUUCUGAUGAAGAGACGUGUAGAAGCUAUCUGCAUGAUCGUGGCAACGUGGAUCUGAGUGAGGAACAAGUUGCAGCCGCCUUGAUUUAUACGUCAAUCAGCCAAACGCCAACAUUUUCAGUAAGCAUCUUAGUGAGUUCCCUGCGAAGAGAGGUUUCCCGAACUUUCCGCUGGUCAAAUGUCGUCAAAUAUUUCGACAAACCGCUUCUACGAAUAACCCCCAGACAAUUCCUCGCUUUAUACUCUGCACUUCGCCCUCUUGCAGAAGAAGAAUCUCUGGACAUCCAAAGUUUGUGGGGUGGAAAAUGGGUAAACUCAGAGACCCAAUUAUCCUUCAUAGGUGCAUUCUUGUCGUUGAGCCCAGAGGACUUGGAUGCUACUACCAUCCCAAACCUCCAAUUCUCAUUUAAUUUGGAAGAAUUCACCGGCACGGAUACGGAGAUACAUGCCCAUGCAGCACGAGCAGUACGACAUCCACUUGUAUCAGCUGUUGCUCUAACUGCGCUGUUCAGUGUCGCUUUGGAACACCAGGCAUCAUCUGAGACCACUGAAGCCAAGAGGCUUUUCCAGGGCGUUGUGGUUCCCAAUUUGGAUAUUUUCUUGGUUUCUGCAUUUGGAGUGGAAAAGCCAUGGCCAGAGAUAGCUGUCGACACCAUCAACACCCUCUUUGAUCGAUUCCUUUACAAAUAUGACCCGAAUUACGAUUUUGUUCUCGAAGGUCUAUGGCGUAAGGACAAGCAAUGGGUCGCAGAGCGAUUGAUUGAUGCUCAUGCAAAACUCCCAACAGAAUUAUCUACCAUACUCGACCAUGCAGUUCGUCACAAUUGGUUGGGGGAUCUGGUGCUUAUCCUUAGCGGGUUCGGCCUUGACCUUACCGCACUGGCACAUGCGCGUGGCCGAUUGGAUCUCGAUACUUGGGCUUUGAGGCACCAGGGUCAUAAUGAAAUCUUGGCGAAAUCUCUUAUUACAUUUCUCAAUAUCAAAGCCAGACAUGAACUCGAAUUCCAACGAUCCGAAGGAAGUCAACUGGUCAGCGUCAUGCUUCCCGUCAAGACAAUUUUUGCAUUGUUAAUAAUCCUUCGAGAAGUAUUGCCAAAAACCCCUGAUGCGGAGGUGAUUCUUGUCCAACGAGCUUGCAUAACAGCAUACCCUCGGCUUAUCAAUUAUGGCGCGGAUAAAGACGCGAUUAUUGAUGCAAAUGGUAGAAUGUCAAAUUCUUUGCCAAAAGAAGCCAAUGAGAGAAUGGAGGACCAUUACAAACGAAUGUAUAACCAGGAGCAGCAGGUAAAGUCGGUUGUCCUUAAACUUACAGAUUAUAAGAAUUCAGACGAUCCCGCCGAUCAAGACACAUUUGCGUGCAUGAUUCAUGGUCUUUUUGAUGAGUACUCCCUUUACGCUACUUAUCCAUUAGAAGCCUUGGCAACAACCGCGGUGCUUUUUGGUGGUAUCAUACAACACCGGCUAAUCAACGACAUUCCUCUCGAAAUCGGCCUUGGCAUGAUACUUGAGGCUGUCAGAGACCACGAUCCUCCGAAUGAUCCCAUGUAUAAGUUUGGGCUUCAAGCCCUCAUGCAGCUUGGUGGUCGACUAGCAGAGUGGCCUGGUUUCUGCAAUCAAUUACUUGCUAUCCCUGGUCUUCGAAAUACCCCUCUCUGGACCACAGUAUAUGAAAUCACGGAGAAGUUGCAGGAGGAUGCGAGACACAGCGCUGAUGGAGGCCAACACCAACUCAUAAAUGGUGGAGCUCUCACUAAUGGCAACUUUGACGACAUGGUCGAAAAUACAUGCACCCCAUUUAGUGCGUUGUGGGUGGACGAAUCUUACAAUGCAAACUACGAAGCCCCUAGCAGCGAUAUCCAAGAAAAGAUUCAGUUUGUGAUGAAUAACAUCACAGGUGAAAACCUUCAUGAAAAAUUCGAGGAACUAGAAAAGCUGGUCGAGGAGGACAAUCAACAAUGGUUUGCAAGUCUCCUAGUCGAGCAGCGUGCGAAAAGAGAGGCGAACAACCAUAGACAAUAUAUGGAACUCGUUCGACUGAUUGGCCGCAAAUCACUAUAUUCGGAAAUCCUGAAAGAAACAUACAUCAGCGCCUUCAGAUUGUUAAAUUCCGAAGCUAUUGCACAGUCUGCGAAUGAUCGUAUAUUACUUCAGAAUCUCGCCACUUGGCUGGGUAUGUUGACGCUCGCUCGGGACAAGCCAAUCAAACACCAGAACAUUGCCUUCAAGCAAUUGCUCAUGGAGGCUUAUGACACAAAGCGACUUCCUACUGUCAUUCCGUUCGUCUGUAAAGUUCUUGUACAAGGAAAGAACUCUACAGUCUUCAAGCCCCCGAAUCCUUGGAUUAUGGACAUCAUUCAGCUGUUGAUGGAAAUAUAUCAUCACGCUCCACCCGCAGAGCUGAAGCUCAACCAAAAAUUUGCGAUCGAGGUUUUGUGUAGCGAUUUAGAGGUAGAUCGCGAAAGUAUUGAGACCAACGGUGAGAUCCUGAACCGAGCACCCGUCGAGGAGGCCACAAAUGUCAUGGCUGAGGUUAUUGAGGGAUAUGAAAAUAUGUCCAUGAAUGGAAUAGCACCCGGUCUCGGAAGUGGACGAUUUUCACCUGAGCAGAUUGCCAGAUCUCUACCAGACCUAGGGCCAGAUCUCAGCCUCCCACCAGCCAAUGAUAUGGUCAAUCAACCUCGGUUGCACGAAAUCCUAAGAACUGCCAUCACGCGGGCCGUAGCAGAAAUCAUAUCUCCAGUUGUUGAGCGGUCUGUUACCAUUGCCGCUAUUUCGACUGCCCAAAUGAUUCACAAAGACUUUGCCACGGAGCCAAGUGAGGAGAGAGUUCGUGCUGCCGCUAUCAAUAUGGUCAAGAAGACUGCAGGAAGUCUUGCACUUGUCACGUCUAAGGAACCAUUGCGCGCGAGCAUGACCAACUAUAUUCGAUCGACCUCAGGCGAGCUUUCACAGGGACUCCCCGAAGGAACCAUCAUCAUGUGUGUCAAUUCCAAUCUCGAGUUAGCUUGCCGACAAGUAGAAAAUAAAGCAGAGGAACGUGCUGUACCUGAAAUCGAAGAGAUGAUGGAUAACGAGCUUGAGAAGCGUCGCCUCCACAGACAGAUGAGACCUGAUGAGCCCUACUACGACCCGAAUGAAUUAAGUCGUUGGUCGUGGACAAUUCCAGCCCCCUACAAGCUCCAACCCUCCAUGGGUGGUUUGAACGAACAGCAGAUGGCCAUCUAUGAUGAAUUCGCUCGUCAGCCACGCCCACAGUCUCUUCCUGGCACAACUCAUGUUGCGUCGGCCUCUGAUGCUACAAGAUCUAUGGCAAAUGACAUCUUGCAAGAUCAAUAUGCAGCAGUACCACAUCUACCUGCCCCUGCAGAACCUGCUCCUAUGCCCCAUAUCACGAAUCAUCAGGUUCCUUAUGCACAGCCAAAUCCUAGCAUGGUCAAUGGUCGACUACCGGUCAUCCCACAAAUGGAUGCAAGAAGCCUUUUGGAAAAAUUCGAGAAGACUCUCCUUGAACUGAAGCGUGUCACCUCCGAAGCUCCAGAGCGCCACUAUAAAGAUCUUGGACGACACCAACCAAACCAGGUUCAUGAUGUUUUUGAUAACAUGUGCAAUUCAAUUUUCAAGUGUCUUAACAGUCCUGCGGAUUUGGAUAUUUUAAUGGUGGAUCAGCUAUGUGGCUUCCUGUUCAGUGGGCUCACUCAAGACCUUCUCGUUGAAUGUCUUGUUGUAGCCUUAAAGCAGAUCAUUCAACUGGGCGACAAGUUCACCAAUCGCAUUGCUCUCCGAAUAGGUCAACAGCCAGGCGAAGCACUCAUUAACGUGCCACUCGCCGCCGCCUUGAUUGAAGUGGGAAUGCUUGAGUGGCAACGUGUGGACUCGGCUACCUCAAAGGCAAUUCUACUUCGUAAGGUGGAAGCACUUGAGUUCUUAAUGGCCAUGGUCGACAAAUUCAUGUGUAGCGACAACCCUUCGGCGCUUUACACCGACCUCGCACGAAGUUUGGAAGUUGCAUGGCUAUGGAUCGAAGAAGAGCCUACAAUGGAAAUCGGUCAGCAGCUCAAGCAAUCUAUGAAGACCUCUGGCAUUCCUCAGCUGGCAAAUCGAGUGGCUGAUGACCGGCUCUCUGUUCGCCAAAACCAGAUGGAAUACGUCUUUGAUGAAUGGAUUCAUCUGUACAACAACCCGAAUGCUUCCGAGAAGGCUUCGGCGGAAUUCAUCAGUCAAAUGUACAGAAAUCAACUAAUCAACGACCGUGAUGACUUGUGCAUCUUCUUGCGAAUAUCACUUGAUUCCGCAGUUGAGAAGUUUGACCAAAUGUUGCACAUUGGCACUACCAACGAGGCUUAUAUCCCAAUUGAUGCUUUGGCUAAGCUUGUUGUACGACUUGUCAAGAGACCAGAAGAUGACGGAGAGGUCAAGAAUGACAGAGCAGCUUACCUCGGUACCAUACUCUCUCUUACUGUAUUGGUACUGAACCACCACCAUCUCAUGCGUGGCGAAGCUUUCAACCAAAGAGUCUUCUCCCGUUUCUUCUCUACGAUGCUCGGUGGACUGAAGCCUGUCGACGGUGACGUCUUAAGUGAUGAGGAGUAUCACAACAUUCUCCUUACAGUCAGUCACAAUCUUCUCAAAAUACAGCCAAUAAACUUUCCUGGUUUCUUGUUUGCAUGGCUUGCCUUGGUUUCUCAUCGCGACUUUAUGCCAAUCAUUUUGGGGAUACCCAACCAGGCCGGCUGGGAGACUUUCACCACCUUGAUGGAAAGCUUGAUGGUCUAUGCUGGAGAACUUUUCAAACCACUACACUUGACGGAACUUGCCAAACGCCUUUAUGGUGGAUUACUGAAGAUACUCGUCGUCUUGCAACAUGACUUCCCAGAAUAUGUGGCAGCCAAUCACUCUCGACUUUGCGCCAACAUUCCAAGUCACUGUAUUCAACUUCUCAAUGUUAUCCUCAAUGCGAAUCCAGCACCAUAUUCAAAGUUCCCGGAUCCACUUCAGCCUGGGUUGAAAAUUGAUCGCAUCGAGGAGAUUCGCGAAUCCCCCACAAUUUUGAAUGAUGUGGAGGCUACACUACAGCAAAGUGGUUUGCUCGAUGUUCUUGACCAGGCUUUACAUAACGGCCCUUCAGAAGAUGCCGUCGCUCAUAUUGCACAUGCUAUUCAACGCAAUACGGGGGGCCAAUCUGGACUAGGUUUUGUCCCGAUCAAUGUCGAUCGAAAACUUGUUGAAGCAAUUGUUAUCUACGUCGGGAUACAAUCAAUUGCCAGAGCUACACAGAACGUUGCACCUACAUUUGUCUCGGGUUCUCCUGACGCCGCACUGCUUACCAUGCUGGUGCACGAGUUGCAUCCCGAGGCACGCUACUAUCUCCUCAGCAGCAUUGCCGACCAACUGCGAUUUCCAAACACCCAUACCCACUACUUCAGCCAAGCUUUAUUAGAAGUGUUUGGAAACGAUAUGAAUGAUCAGGAAGAGUCUGAUAUUCGUCAGCAAAUAACUCGCGUCUUGCUGGAGAGAAUGGCUGGGCAGUGGCCUCAACCCUGGGGGCUUAUUGUCACUAUCCAUGAGCUUGUCAAGAAUGACAAGUACAUGUUUUUUGAGCUGCCAUUCAUCAAAUCAGCCACUCCAGACGUAAGUUUCUACUGGAACCGAAUUAGCAAUAGCGGCUAAUUUGUGUUUCCAGGUUGCUGAUCGUUUCUCGGCUAUUGCGGCUCGUCCCUAUUCAACCAUUUGA